GCUGUAAGUAACAGCGGCGGUAAAUUCGUAAAUUUUGCGUCGUUUACUCGGGGCAGGUUGAUUUUCAAAAUAUUCGCCAAAGUUAUAUUAUUAUACGUUUUGUAUAAAUUCAACAAUGUUGCAACCAGUAAUGCACAUUUUGAAGCAGAAAAAUAUUAUUUUAGCCAGCGGGUCGCCAAGAAGAAAAGAACUUGUUGAGAAUAUUGGCUUAAAAGUGGGACUUUGCAGUUCUUUGUUUGAAGAAGAUUUGGAUCCAAAGAACUUCAAUAGCUUCUCGGAGUUUGUUGAGGAGACUGCUUUACAGAAGGUGUUGGAAGUGGAGGGUAGGCUGAUCGGCCAGGGGCAGCCUCCCGACAUAGUCAUCGGCGCGGACACUAUGGUUACACUCGACAAGGAAUUAUUUGGAAAACCAACCUCAGAAGAUGAAGCAUUUAGGAUGCUAUCCAGACUUUCAGGGAGAUCCAACACAGUCUACACAGGAGUUGUGGUAAAAGCGCAUGACAAGAUCGUAAAAUUUACAGAGAAAACUGAUGUGUUCUUUGGAAAACUACAUGAAGACCAGAUUAAGGGGUACAUUGCUACGGGCGAGCCCAUGGACAAAGCAGGCGGAUAUGGUAUUCAAGGCAUGGGUGGGUGCUUUAUAGAACGCAUUGAAGGUGACUACUUCACGGUAGUUGGCCUGCCAUUGUUCAGGUUGUGUUCUGUGUUGUAUGAGAUGUUCAAAGAUCCUAAAAACCUGUGAAUACCUAGCUACAAAAUACAACACUUGAUUGUUUGUAGGAGUAAAGGCUAGUGUGUUUAUUUAUUUGUAAGUUUAUAUAGUUAUAAGUAGUCUGUGUUGAUUAGUAAUUAAAUAAAAUAACAAAUCA